ACGGCUGAUUCACGCCAGGCACUCUCCUCCCCUUUAAGGCGCGCGGCAGGGCGGGGUCCGGUGGCGAGCUCAAGGCGCGGUUCGCGUCCGCCGUCAGAAAAGCGGCUUAAAGGCGACGCGUGGCGCGAUGGCGGCGGCCCCACGCGCGUGCAGGCGGCGCUGGCGGCCGCGCCCGGUGCUGCUGCUGCUGCUGCUGCUGCUGGCGCUGCCGCCCCCGGGGGGCCCGCCGGGCGCCGCCGCCUACUUCCCGGAGGAGCGCUGGAGCCCCGAGUCGCCGCUGCAGGCGCCCCGGGUCCUCAUCGCGCUGGUGGCGCGCAACGCGGCCCACGCGCUGCCCGCCACGCUGGGCGCGCUCGAGCGGCUGCGGCACCCGCGGGAGCGCACGGCGCUGUGGGUAGCCACAGACCACAACUCAGACAACACAUCGGCUGUGCUGCGGGAAUGGCUGGUGGCUGUAAAGAGUUUGUACCACUCCGUGGAGUGGCGGCCGGCAGAAGAGCCCAGGUCCUACCCGGAUGAGGAGGGCCCCAAACACUGGUCUGACUCGCGCUAUGAGCAUGUCAUGAAGUUGCGCCAGGCAGCCUUGAAAUCUGCCCGGGACAUGUGGGCCGAUUACAUCCUGUUUGUGGAUGCAGACAACCUGAUCCUCAACCCGAACAUGCUAAGUCUCCUCAUCGCUGAGAAUAAAACAGUGGUGGCUCCCAUGCUGGAUUCGCGGGCCGCGUACUCCAACUUCUGGUGCGGGAUGACUUCCCAGGGCUACUACAAGCGCACGCCUGCCUACAUCCCCAUUCGCAAGCGGGACCGCCGGGGCUGCUUUGCCGUUCCCAUGGUGCACUCAACCUUCCUGAUCGACCUGCGGAAGGCGGCAUCCAGGAACUUGGCGUUCUACCCUCCUCACCCUGACUACACGUGGUCCUUUGACGACAUCAUCGUUUUUGCCUUCUCCUGCAAGCAAGCAGAGGUCCAGAUGUAUGUCUGCAACAAGGAGGCGUACGGCUUCCUGCCUGUGCCACUGCGAGCGCAUAGCUCCCUGCAGGAUGAGGCCGAGAGCUUCAUGCACGUGCAGCUGGAGGUCAUGGUGAAGCACCCGCCGGCGGAGCCCUCCAGGUUCAUCUCAGUGCCCCCCAAGACGCCAGACAAGAUGGGCUUCGACGAGGUCUUCAUGAUCAACCUGAAGCGGCGGCAGGACCGGCGGGAGCGCAUGCUGCGGGCCCUGCAGGCUCAGGAGAUUGAGAGCCGGCUGGUGGAGGCCGUGGACGGCAAAGCCAUGAACACCAGCCAGGUGGAGGCACUGGGCAUCCAGAUGCUGCCUGGCUACCGGGACCCCUACCACGGGCGGCCCCUCACCAAGGGUGAGCUGGGCUGCUUCCUCAGCCACUAUAACAUCUGGAAGGAGGGCAUCCUCCCUCAGGUUGUGGACCGUGGGCUGCGGAAGUCGCUUGUCUUCGAGGACGACCUGCGCUUUGAGAUCUUCUUUAAGAGACGCCUGCUGAACCUCAUGCGGGACGUGGAGCAGGAGAGUCUGGACUGGGACCUCAUCUACGUGGGCCGGAAGCGGAUGCAGGUGGAGCACCCGGAGAAGGCCGUGCCGCGCGUGAGGAACCUGGUGGAGGCUGAUUACUCCUACUGGACGCUGGCCUACGUGAUCUCCCUGCAGGGCGCCCGCAAGCUGCUGGCCGCCCAGCCGCUCUCCAAGAUGCUGCCCGUCGACGAGUUCCUGCCCGUCAUGUUUGACAAGCACCCAGUGUCCGAGUACAAGGCCCACUUCUCGCCCCGCAACCUGCGCGCCUUCUCGGUGGAGCCCCUGCUCGUCUACCCCACGCACUACACGGGGGACGACGGGUACGUGAGCGACACGGAGACCUCAGUCGUGUGGAACAACGAGCACGUGAAGACCGACUGGGACCGCGCCAAGUCCCAGAAGAUGCGGGAGCAGCAGGCCCUGAGCCGCGAGGCCGAGAACUCGGACGUCCUGCAGUCGCCACUGGACAGCGCGGCGCGCGACGAGCUCUGAGCGCCGACGGCCAAACGCCGAAGCCGGCCUCGCGGGCCCGGCACCCCCUAGCCCCCCGCGGACCCCGGCAGGCGGCGGAGGCCUCUCUCCCCGCGAGGGGCGUGCAGCCGGCUCGGCAAGCACGUGCACGCAGGCAGCUUUAAUGCAGGGCCUACUGUAUGCCGGGAGCGGGCCUUGGCGCCGGGGGAUCAGGGGAACCAGACCUCGUUCGUGUCUUCGGGUGCCGAACACUUGAAGUCCUCACCGGGUACCGGGCUCCCGUGUUCGGCGGCGGGUGAGGCAUAAUUAUCCCCUCAGCCGGUGACUGAUUAAGCCGUCAAGCUUGUUUUGAUUCCCCCCCCCCCGCCCCCCCCCCCCCCAAGAAUCAGCACUAGUGAUACACAGUCAUUGUUUUAAUUCAUUGAAGUAUUUAUUGAAUGCCUACUGUAUGUUGGGCACCAGCCAUUCUGGGCUCUGAGAAUAUUGGGGUAAACGAGACACUUUUCAUUCAUUUCUCUGAACACCUGUCAAGCACCCACUAUGUGCCUGGUACUUGUGACCCAAAGACAAGUCCUUAUUAACUCAGCAUUUAUUGAGUGCCUGCUGUGUGCUGGGAACUGAGCUUGGUGCUGGGGGUGAAGAUGAACCAGGUGCUUUUCACUCUUGGAUUGGCUUCUUCCCGACUCAUCUAGAGAGCACCUACUGUGGGCCAGGCAUUAGUGAUACCAAACGGUGUGGCAGUUGCUGGGUCAGCAUCGGAUCACCCACGUGUGUGCGGGGCCACAUGCCAAGGGCUGGGCCACCGAGAUGAACAAGAUGAGUCUUCUUUCUUCAUGCAGCAGGCGUUUAUCGAGCACCUACUGCGUACCAGACCUCAUGGACUCCCAGUGGGACUGGAGAAUGGUUGGCUGAGAGUUUGAUCCCCACCUGUCCCUCAGUCACCCAAGUUGUGCGCAGACAAAGUCCCCCCACCACCCAGGAGGGAGGGUGGCUCUCCCCUCAGCAGGGGCAGCUGCAGGUCCCAGCGACCACAUGGCCACAUGCAGGCUCCCCUGGACCCGGCCCCCCUGGCGGGGGCAAGGAAUAAAGACAGGGGCUGGGUCUCCUGUGCUCACCUGUGCUCCCGUGUUGACCUGUCACCCCGUUUGCUUGACCUCCCUGGCCUGCAUCUCAGGCGUGGGCUCUGCCCGCUCCAUGGGGUUCCUACAUUCAAGGCUUUGGUGGGACUGUGUGUUUGAGGCCCUGCGUGGGCUCGGCUGCACCAGGGUACUGCCCGUGGCCCGGGCAGGUGCUCCCCGGCAUGGGCUGGAGGACUCACUGUGCCUUCAGCCUAGAAUGAAUGUCAGAGCCAGCCAGCGGUGCUUUGCUCUCUUAGGGAUACCUGCUCACUGGGUCAGGUCCUGGAUAACUUGCUUAUUUUUUUAUUAAACGUUCCUGGUUGGUUUUCA